UCCGUCACCUGUCGGUGCACGUUGAUAAUAACACCUACUACUAUAUACUUUGAUGAAUAUGGCACAAAAACUCUGAUAUUCUCUCAACCCUAAACCCGCCUUGUCCUUCUCUUUAAAAAGGACUGUAUGCUGUCUGUCUGUGGUGCUUGUUGAAAGUGAAAACCCCCCAACAAAAAAAGUGAGGAGGAGAAGGAAAGUGAAGGUCUGGCCGGGUUAAAGAGCAUAGCUGUGAGAGUUGUUGGUGGGUUCAGUAGGAGAAGGAAAGCCAGGACGAAGAAAAUUAAAGUUGAAGAUAAGUUGAUGGAUUUGUGGCAUAAGAUGAUCUUCCCUGUUAGGAGAGUUUGGCUUUCUGUUUCUGCUCGUGUCAAAGCUCGCAAAAAUGGUGCUAAUCUUCUGAAGCUUCACAAUGAUGUACAGACAUGUGGAUAUGAAGAUGUGCAAGUGAUGUGGGAAAUUCUAAGGAGAUCGGAAUCAGAGCUGAUGGCAAGUCAUCCAAAGCGCAAGCAACGGCCUUUUUGGAGAGUUUUUGUAUGGUCUAACCACAGUGCAGCCUCAUCCUUCUCUGCAAAUCACUCCUGAUACAAAACUCCUGCUUGAUAUUAUGUAAGAAUAAUAUGCUGCCUUUGUCUUUCAACUCGACAUGGGCAUUCAUCAUUUGCUAUCCAACGGCCGUCAUUGCAGUAGCAUGGUACAGAGCUGUUGCAGGGGUAUCCAAAUCGGUACAAUAUGAAUGUGUCAAGUUUACCUUAUAGCGAGUAAACAACUAUCAGUUACAUAAUGUGCCUUCUGUAAAUACACAAUGUUUUGUCAUAA